AUGACACAACCAACUAACGAUCCGCCGGCCGUAAGAACUCUCUACUCGCAAGUAAUCGGCAGUCCGGGAAUUUUCGACCAGGACACGAAUGUAAAAAUAUAUUUCGCCCGGCUAAAAAAUUUUUUUGCCGCGAACGGAAUCACUCAAGAAAGUAAGAAGAGGGCAAUUUUACUAACCUCGAUGUCGGAGGAAGCGCAUAAAACCCUGUUCAGUUUGUGCUUACCAGAGGACCCCGACAAUAAAACUUACGAGUCGUUAUCGGACAUACUGCAAAAACACUAUGAGCCGAAAAAGUCGUAUUUCGCCGCCCGCCACCAGUUCUACUUGGCUCGUAAGAACCACGACGAAAGUGUGUCCCAGUGGGGUGCCCGCGUACGCGACCUUGCUUCGAAAUGCGGUUUCGGGCCAGAGCUGGAGAUAGCAGUGAGGGACAUAUUUGUCAUUGGAAUGGGUUACGGAAAGAUCCAGGACCGGUUACUGGAAGAGGACGCGUCAGCAGCAUCAACCACUUUAGUAAAAUUGAUGGAAGUGGCAAUCACCAGAGAGGCCAACAUCAACGCAAGCAAAGAGUGGUCGAAAGACACGUCGGCGGCGUUCCAUUUCACCAAGCAGGAGGGGCCUCCGACGACGCCAAAGAGAACGAGUGGACGAGGACAAACCAACGGGAAAGAGAAGUGUCAGGUAUGCGGCCGUUCCAACCACGACACCGGACUAUGCAGGUUCAAAAAUUAUUCAUGUAAUAUAUGCGGGGUAGUGGGUCAUUUGGCACCCAUGUGCAAAAAUAAAGGUACUAAGCACAAGUCACAAAAUAAGUUUUUGUCAGAAAAUGAGCGGUCAGGCGAUCACGAAACCAGCGUAGAAUUAAUUGAUUCUUUUUUUGCAAUUAACGACAUUUCCCGAGAUAAGCCUAAAGUAGCUCCGUACCGCGUAGAAUUAGUCAUCGGAGGUAAACCGAUAUCGUUCGAAAUUGAUACCGGUUCGGUGCAUAGUAUCAUUUCCGAGUCGACGUUUAAAGCUAUAAUAGGUCCAAAGGUAAUCGUAACUAACGACGUGGAGUUAUCGGAUUACGUUGGUAAUAUAAUUACACCAAUAGGUAAGGUAGCGCUCAAGGUCAGGUACAAUAAUAGAACCACCGGAAUAUGGGUAUAUAUAGUGCCAAACGGAGGACCACCAAUAUUAGGUAGGAACGAUCUAGCAAAGCUCGGUAUUAAAAACGUGUUUGAGUGUAAAUUCAUCGGUGCAGAGGAUAGCGUUAAAACAAUUUUAAAUAAGUAUCCUAACGUAUUCAGCGAAGAGCUAGGGACAUUUAAGGGGUACAAAAUAUCCCUUACAACGAGGCCGGGGACCACACCAAAAUUCUUUAAACACCGACCAGUGCCCCUAGCGCUAAGAAUUAAAGUCGAGGCUGAAAUAGAUCGAUUGUUGGCCAUCAACCGCCCUGAUACCGGUCGACCACAGCGAGUGGGCAACUCCCGUAGUUCCAAUUUUGAAAGAGGACGGUAG